UAUUAAUUCGCACGACACAAAUGUCUUCUAGAAAUCUCAAUUUAAGUUGACUCUGAUUCCCACCGAGUGCAUAAAUUCGCAAAGUUAGGGCAGUUCGCGCUGCUCGCGUAAAAUAACGAUCCGCGGCAACGUUUCGUUCGGCAAGACAGAAAGAGCGAAGUCACUGGGGAGAGGACGCAGAUGGAAAACGAGAAAAAGGAAGACGAGGACGCGCGGCGGCGACGACGAGGUCGUGCGCGCGCGUGCGACUCUCUUCCCUGGCCCCGGAACUUAAUUGCCCGCCGCGCGGUACGCGACUGGUAGUUGGUAUCUACGUCCGCGCGCCGACGCCGCCGACGGACGUCAGUCGUGUUUCGUACGCUCGACGUGACGGUGCGUUGUCCGCGAGCGAUCAGUCGAGCGCACGUGGAGUCACUAGAAGUCGCGCGGCAGCGUUACCGUAGCGUUCGCUCGUCGCGAGGAAGACAGAGGAAAAAACGGGAGGCGGAGGCGACGGCGGUGGCGGCGGCGACGACGGCGACGGCGACGGCGACGGCGUGACGAACAACGCGAUGGCUACCCUGAGGCAGACACCGUUGACGUGCAGCGGUCACACGAGACCCGUGGUCCAUCUCGCCUUCUCUGACGUUACCGAGUCCGGGUACUACCUUAUCUCGGCGUGCAAAGAUGGCAAACCUAUGUUACGGCAAGGUGACACUGGUGACUGGAUUGGUACAUUUGAAGGACACAAAGGAGCAGUGUGGGGUGUAGCAUUAAAUCCACAGGCCACUCGGGCUGCAACUGGCGCGGCAGAUUUUAAUGCCAAAGUCUGGGAUGCAAUCAAAGGAGAAGAAAUUCAUUCUUUUCAACAUAAUCAUAUAGUUAAAUCUGUCAACUUUAGUACAGACUCCAAUCAUUUGUGUACCGGAUCUAAUGAAAAAAUUGUACGCAUUUAUGACCUUAAUAAGCCAGAAGCAGCUCCACAGAUCUUUUCGGGUCAUACGAGUGGUAUUAGGCAUGUCACGUUUUUCGACAAUAACUCUGCCUUAAUUACUUGUGCAGAUGAUAAGACGCUCAGGGUAUGGGACAGAAAUAGUGGGCAAGAAGUUAAGAGACUGGACUUUCCUGCAAUUCCAAGUUCGAUGGAGGUGUCGAAAGAUGGAAACAUCAUUACCACUACUCACUCUAACAUUGUUACUUUUUGGGAUAGCAAAGAAUUAACCAAAAUAAAAGAAUUUAUGGCUCCAACUCAAGUUAACAGUGCUAGUAUACAUCCGGAUUGUACUAUUUUUGUUUGCGGGGGAGAGGACUUCAAAAUGUACAAGUUUGAUUAUAGUACAGGAGCGGAACUAGAAUCAUUCAAGGGACAUUUUGGGCCUGUACACUGCGUACGCUUUUCACCUGACGGAGAAUUGUACGCUAGCGGAUCUGAAGAUGGUACUUUGAGAUUAUGGCAAACUGUAAUCGGCAAAACGUACGGACUAUGGCGUUGCAUAGAACAGACGCCUACAAUACCAGAGAAUGCCGUCGUGAUUAAUAAUAAACAAGAAGUUCCUGCUAAUUAAACUCAUAGAGAGAAAGAGAGAGAGAGAGAGAGAGAGAGAGAGAGAGAGAGAGAGAGAGAGAGAGAGAGAGAGAGAGAGAGAGAGAGAGAAAUUUCUAGUGAAAGACAAGAAGAAAUUUUUUCCGAAAGUCUAAAAGCAGACACAUCUUGGAUCAAAUUCGAAGCGAGUGAAUGAAUAUCCAUCCUGCAAAUAAAACGCGUCGAAUUAUUUAGGCCGCCGGAAAUCCUUGUAAAUAACUCGUUCUUUUAAGAGAUCGCCUGCUUCCACCGUGGCCUUUAAUCAAAAGUGGGAGGACCAAUUCCAGAACUCGUGGAGGGGGAUAUAGGAUUGCUAUUUACAUUGCGGAAAAACAGCAAUGAAAAAGAAAUAUUAACAUUUAUUAACAUUAUACAUGUCACGUUAUUAUAAUACAAAAUUAGGUAGAGGUGUAACGAGAGAAAGAAAGACAUGUUCGUAACGAACGUUGUAUUUGCAUUUCUUCCGAGCCGAUACCGUCCAUCAUUCAAACGUAUGAAGCGACAAUAUCGAUAUGACGCUGACACGUACCACACAGCACACAUGAUGUCGCAUGUCCAUUUUGACGUGCUUUAUAGUCAUUCUCGAUUUCAAUUUCCGUGGUAAGGCAAUGUCACCACAUAUGUACAACGCGACAAUCUAUUUCAGCAAGUCUUGCUUGCAUGCGCGUUUAUUUAAUAUAUACUACUCCUGGUAAUAAUAGAUGCUCUUAUU